CAUGCAGUGAAAGUUACAAACUUUGAAGAGAUGUCUUCUGAAGAAACGGUGAGUGUUGGGGGAAGUGAGGAAGUGAGGGCAUUGGAAUAUGGGGAUGUGAGUAUGACUAGUGAGUCGUUUGACUCGGAGAGGACGAAGGAGGGGGUGGGGAGAAGUGAGGUAGUUGGGGUAGAGGGAGAUAGGGUACCCAUUACUGUAGUAGAAGUGGAGGGUAGAAGGGAAAGAUGUUAUGAUGUAGAUGCAGAUAUUGUACCUGAGGUGAAGCAGUAUGAGUCUGAGCUCGGGACCAGGGAUAGCUUGGGUUAUUUAGUGGAAAGUUAUGAAAUUUCUUCUCGAGUUCUGAUUAGGCCUGUUGGGGUAAAGGAGGGGGCCUAUUCUGCACCUCGGGAUCAUUGGAUGCCCGUGUAUGCCCAUUAUUUGGCAGCUGGGCUUAGCCUCCAUAGUUCGGUAUUUCAAGCUCUGACUCGGCAACUCCACGUUCUUAAAUCUUACCGUCGCUCGCAUCAACUCCGGCUUCUUCUUCCUUUCUCCUUUGAUUCCGACAAGUUGCAGUACUCUCUUCAACACCAAAUUCUCUCUAAAGCCUUCAAGAUGAAAAGGAAGAGAAGCGAUGGAGAUGGUCAAUUUGAAAAACUAUCUGUAAUUGCACAAUCAGAAUCCGAAUCAGACUCAGACCCUUUCAUUGUGGAUGUUGAUAAAGGCAAGGAUAAGGAAUAUGCAAGCAAUAUUGGCUCUUGCUCUGUACUUGGGAAAGAGGUGGUCGAGUUUGAGGUGCAAGCAAAAUCCAAGGCACGGGGGGCUAUUGAACGGGCUUCUACCUCUGCUGUUUGGGAACAUUUCAUCCUUAUAUCUGCUUCAGAGAAUAAGGAUGGAGUAAGAAAAGGUAAAUGCAAAUAUUGUGGAAAAGAAUACAUCUGCACAGGAACUCAUGGCACUUCGAAUAUGAGGAGGCAUGCUCCGAAAUGCCCUCGUCGAGUGCAAAAAGAUCCUCUCCAGAUGAUGUUAAAUAAUUCUGGAAAAUUAGUGAAAAAAAUUGAUCAAGAAACUUUUAAAGAGUUGUGUGCUAUGGUUGUUAUUAAGCAUGCGUAUCCUUUUACUUGGGUUGAGCAUGAAGCUGUUAGGGAAUUAAUGAAGUAUUUGAAUCCAGAAGUGAAACCAAUCUGUAGGAAUACUGUGAAGAAUCAUUGCUUGAAAAUUUAUAAGAGGGAGAAAGAGAGGAUUAAGGAGAGUUUGAAAAAACUGUCUAGUAGAAUAUGUUUGACUUGUGACAUGUGGACAUCUGCUAAGUCAAAGACUUCAACCAAGGAAGCGGGGGAGGGAGGAGCUGGGAAAGAGUUAGUGCCCAGCACCUCAGCUGGAGUGGAGGAGGUGGUGCCAAGGUUGGAGCUGAAAAGGAAAGGCAAUGAGAAGGUGGGAACGCUACAAAGGAAGAAGAAGGUGGUGGAGGAGGAGGUGAGGGGGAGCAAGGUUCUACAGUUCGUACCUCGACCUCCUUCUGUUGAGCUCGACCCUGAGCUUAAGGAGUCUGAGGCUGAGGGGGCUAAGGCACGGGCUCCUGGUAAAGGGAAAGGCCUUGUUCCCCCAUUGUCCUUUCAGAGCAGUCUGUUUGAGGCGAAGAACGUGAAGGGGGCAAGGAGGUUUAUCAAUGCAACCUUCCCCGAAGUGGACAAGUGUCAAGCAAAGGACGAAGCUUUGAGAUAUUGUAAGGCAACUGUGGUGAAGCAUGCCCUGGAGGAGUUCAUGGAGAGUGUGAAGGAUCGCUCCCUCUUGCAAAGGCAGCGUUACCAGCUGCAAAAGGAGAAGGAAGAGCUAGAAAAGAAAAAUAAAGACAUGCAAAAGGCGUUAGACGAGGUGCGUGAGGCUUAUGAGAAAGAAAUAAAAGCAAUGAAGGAAGCUGUGGUGGAAUUGAAGAAGAAUGUGCAGCUACUGGUACACAACAGGAUGGAGGAACACAUCAGCAACUUCGUCAACUCCAGCUCGUUUGACAACAUCGUCAACCUCUAUCGAUUGCCAACUGCCAUCAUUGCCUUCACAGACUGCAGAAAGAAGGUGAAAGCUGAAUAUCCUGAAGUGGAUAUUAUGAAGAUCACCUUCGGCAAACAAGAGCAAGGAGUAGAGGAAAAUGGACGUACCAUUUUCCCUCCAAAUUUCGACUUCGAGUUCGUGGCAAUGGAGGAAGAAGAGGCAGAGGUAGAGGAGACUGAAGUAGGAGCAGGAGGAGCUGAAGUGGAUGAAAGUUAGCCAUCUCUGCAAGUGGAAGUCCAUCUAGUUCCUUCUGAUGAUGAGCAGCCACCUCUUCCAGUCGAGCAACAGCCAACUCAGCCACCUCCUCUAGCAGAGGAAUAAAGAAUUCUUGUUUUUUUGGUUUUUCUUUUCUGAUAUCGUUGGAACAAUUGAAUAAAUUGUAAUUUUAUUA